AUGCGCGUUGGUGUGAUAAAAUUGCUGCGUGUUGACAAAAUGACUGAAGAGAAUCGAGCCGCUUUCAUCAAAGAAGAGGAGAAUAUGCGCUUGUAUCAGGAUGCGAAUCUCAUUAAAUAUAUCAGUGGCUGCGUUGACGAACGGGAUAUUACAAGACGCGGGAUUCUGUUGGAGUAUUGCGAAAAAGGAUCGCUAAACAAAAUUAUACACAAUGCCGAGAUUUUCUACCCGGCCUACAGAUUGAUAUGCUGGGUCGUUGAUCUGUUCGAUGCGCUCGAUUAUUUAAAGAGACGAGGCGUCAUUCACAUGGAUGUGAAACCGGAUAACAUUUUGGCAACUAAUGAAUAUCUCUUGAAAAUCGCCGACUUUGGAGCAAUGAAAGCUGCAUCGAGCUCACGACAAGGAGUCGCUUUGAGCAGCUCACCUAGAACUGGAACUUUGCAUUAUCAGGCUCCAGAGCUUCAUAAAGAACAGCUUUCUCCCAAGUACGAUGUUUUCACGAUGGGUCUAGUGUUAUGGGAGCUGAUUGAAAGGAAAACGAUUUUCCGGACACCGGAUUGGACUAGUGUCGAUCCCCCAGAUUGCCCCGAUGACAUUCAGGAAAUAUUCAGAAAUUGUACAAAUGGCGAACAGCGAGAUCGGUGGGGCGCCUUGAGGGUCAAGGUUGAAUUGGAGAAAGUUAAAGAGAACUUCGAGCAAGAAUUAGUGCCACCGAAUUAUAUUGUCGAAGAAGUGAAGGGGCGAACGACGCUGAAGAAACCAUUCCCUUCCACGAGGGUAGUGGAAGAUAUUGAGAUUGCCGAUGCGGACAGCAUUAAAUCAUCAGCUUCAGAGAGCUCAAAA